UAAUGAGCUCAGCGCCAGUCUAUAUAUGGGGUUGAUGAUUUGAUCGACCUUUCGUGAUCAUGCCACUUUCUACGAACUAACGACAAUGAACGAAGACUUCAGGCAUGUCAGGAUGACCUCGGGAUGACCAAAAGAAAGUAGACAUUUCUGCGUUUUCUUCACUCGAUCUUGAAAGCAGGAAAUGGUAAGAUAUAAGAAGAUACGGAAUUCAAAAGCCUAUCAAAGGAUAUUUCAGCAUGUGUGAGCCGAAAUCCAGAGAAAGUCCUGGACUUACUGUCUAAAAAUCUUGUGCUGCGUGUAAUUAAACGUCAGAUGUGAUUUGCUGUGGAAACUCUCCCGGAUUGUGGCCAUAAAAAUGGCGGGCAUGAGAUCGCCGCUUACUCACCAGCUUCAAAGGCUGGGUUGCCGUUGCGGGGCCGUCGGCGUGAGAAAUUUAAGCCAGACUAGUGCAAACCAGAACAGGAACUCGGACUCCAAGGGGUUUAUCAGCCCAAACUCUCAGGCGUAUUCCAGCGCACGGUCGUCUUCCGUUGUCCACGAUUACAGCCUUGCGAAAGAAAAGUCAAGACAAGUGGUCUCCUUCUACAACCAGACUGCCAUAGAUGCUGCCGCUUCAAAGCCGUCUGUUCGUCUCACUCCAGCGACGCUCCUCUACACGGGAAAAACGCCCGAUGGUAACCACCUUCUGCGAAGUGCCCAAUACCUACAUAAAGAGUUGCCAGUGAGAGUUGCCCAUCGCAUUGCCGAGUUCCGAGGCCUUCCGUUCAUUGUGGGUUGCAAUCCCACAAUCCUCCAGGUGCAUGAACUCUACAUCAGAGCGUUCCAAAUGUUAUCUGAGUUUCCGCAGAUUAAAAAUCAUGAGACGGAGCACAGAUAUUGUCAGAUGGUGAAGGGUCUUCUUGACGAUCACAAAGAUGUCGUCACGCACCUCGCCGAGGGCUUCCGAGAAUCCAAAAAACACAUGAAAGAUGAAAACAUGAUCCACCAUUUCUUGGACCGAACCCUGACCUCCCGUCUAGGAAUCAGGAUGCUGGCAGAACACCACCUCAGCCUUCACCAAGACAUGGGUGAUUUCAUUGGAAUCAUCUGCACCAAAAUGACCUUGCGGAAGGUCAUUGAAAAGUGGGCGGAGUUUGCCAGAGAGCAGUGUGAGAUGCGGUACGGGUUUACACCCAAGGUACACAUCACUGGACACACGGGAGCCAUGUUCCCGUACAUCAUGCAGCCGCUUGACUACAUGCUACCAGAGCUCAUUAAGAACGCACUCAGAGCGACGGUCGAGAGUCACUUGGACACGCCACACAAUCUGCCCGAUGUCGUCAUCACCAUAGCAAACAGUGACAUGGAUUUCAUCAUCAGGAUUUCGGACAGAGGUGGCGGCAUCUCACACAACAUCAUCAACAAGGUAUUCCAGUACCAUUUCACCACAGCUCAAGACAGCACGGACCCGCGGGUUACCGGUGGCACAUUUGGGGCGUUGACGAAUACCAACAAUGGACCGACUGCGGGACCAUUGUGCGGGUUUGGUUUCGGACUCCCAGUCUCCAAAGCAUAUGCAGAGUAUCUGGGCGGCUCCCUUGUGUUGCAGUCCAUGCAAGGUUACGGAACCGAUCUCUACUUGCGGCUUCGACACAUUGACGGCAAACAUGAAAGCUUCCGUAUAUAGAUACGGGACCGAAAUGGUACAGUUAUUAAAGCAUUAAUUCUAACCUUCCCAGAUCCUUCAAAAUCCGCCAGGAGGUUUUGUGGAGGAUUUUGUAGGCUUGAAGAAGGUAAAGUCCAGCUAGUAUUACUUUACAUGCGUAUUGAUAAUCCUUGAAACUUGUUUUGUAUAAAGAAGGUGCCAUUGGAUUCCUGCACUGUGGAGGAAUUUGGAGGAUUCAGGAAGGCUCCUCUCGCCAGUGUAAUUGUGCAACAGUCAAAUGUAAGCUAUCCAAGCUGGCAAAUCAAAUGACCGAUCCUAGCCCUCCCCCACCCCUCCUCUUCAAUUGCCCCGCCCCUUCUCUUCAACUGCCCCGCCCCUUUCCAAAUCCUUAACUAUGCGGUGUAGACGCUUUGCAGCUGAUUCAAGUGAUUUGAAUGUAUACUGAGGGUGAAGUGAUCAGGAAAAGAGGUAUGACACAAAAGUUGUGUCACGUGACAAGUCAUAUGACACUACAUGUGACAUCUCACAUGAUCACAAACUAUACUGGAUCAUGUUGAUCCUUCACAUGAUCACACAAUAUACAUGUAAUGGAUCAUGUUGAUCUUUCGUAGGUUAUAACUUGUCUUGUUCUUGAAACUUGUGUGAAAUGUCAAGGAUUUUCUUUCCAAAAAAAAUUGAGUGAUGCUAAUUUGAGUGAUGAAAACUUACAUGGUUGAGAAAAAAUUACUGUAUCUAAAUGAUAAGUCUGAGAACAAGGAGACAAUUUUCGUUAAAUGCGGUUUUUGUUUGUUUUGUUUUACACUAGAUUUCAGAACAGACUGAUUAUAAACAAAAAAUUGCAUUCAAUUCAAUGGAGUUAAUCAUUGAUUGUUAGAGAACACCAAAAAAAAAAUUUAAUUUGGUUCCAAGAAAGCAAAACCCCCCAAAUAUUAUGGGUACAUAUGUCCACACAUACAGGUAGAUUAAAAUGGAUUGGUGAAAAGUUAAUCUUGAAAAUCAACAAUUAAAACUGAUGGUGUUUUAAAAGUUUACACAAAGUAUUUAAUUGUCACAACCCCAUCUACAUUAGAUUGUGUUUUCAGAUAUGUUAAGUAAUAAGCAUUUUAAGUUUGUCUAAUGUUAAAAAGAAAGGUGUAUGAUUUUGCCAAUGCUACCUAGAAUGUGUAGAAAGCAUGUUAAUGAAACCAAUUAAAGCAUUUUGAAGUUGAAUCAGAGAAAUAUAUACAUGUAAAUAGUGAAAUGUAAAAUGCUGCCCCUUAAUUUAAGUGAUAAAUGACAAAAAAAUACUCUUCGUCGAUUCCAUUUUCAGGAUGAAACGUGAUGUGGCAUUAAAUGGCCCAGUAGUGUACAUAUGAAGUAUUGUGUGGUUAAAACCUUUCUAUUCAAGGAGCCUGGUUCAGAAAAUGGGCAUUUUGUUAGCUUCUUGGUUUUUCAUGGGGUUUUAAAGAUUUCAAAUUGUUCUGUGGACAUCUUAACCGUUUUUCCCCCUUCAAAAAAUAGUUUCCUACCAUUGAGUGAAAUUUCUUCAAUAAAAGAUAUUUGACAUUUUGUGAGCAUGCCUAUGUUAUAUAGCUUUCCCACCCUUUUUACUUUUAGGGGGGUGGGGAGAAAUUAAGUAAUCUUCUGCAGUAACUAGUUAAAGUUAUCGAGUAUAAGUCCCAUUUUCAUCAAAUGUAUUCUCAUUCUCUGGGCAUUGUUUCUCAUUUUCCUGAUAUAAUAAACUCCUUUUGAUGUUACAUUCAGAUUUCGUUCCUUUUAUUUUGCAUUAAGGGUAGAUGGAAAAUAUUAAAGUGCUUUACUUCUCAUUGUUUGUAUCAUUCAAACCUGCCAAGAAAGUCGCCUUUAUGUAAGAAUUAAGCUGCAUUAUUUCAGUAUAAUACAAGCCUUAAUUUUCUAUUGCAUUUUUUGUCAAGUAAGUUGCAAAUUCAUAUAUUAGUGUCGCAAGUAAAAAAAGGUUUAAAACUGUUAAUAAUCUGUUGUACGAUGCUUCAUAAACGGUUCAAGUGUAUCAAUAGAUCGUUUGCAUUCCAGCGAUAUUGUGUGUACUUUUGUUGAACAGCGACUUCACCGUUAAUGAAUUCACAUAGCAAAACACACCUUAAACAUGGCGGCUAAAUGCAACCGAUCUAUUGACUGUGGUAGCUUGUGAAAACAAUGAUACCAGUAUCUUUUUGACUUUGAACCCCAAACAAACUCAUGUUCCUGUAUACAUGUAAUGAGAUUUACAAAGAUGAUGCGAAUAAAUGAUUUAUUAACAUUCAAAUUG